AUGAUGUUAAGCUGCCUCUUUCUUCUGAACACACUUACUCUUGGGCCCCUGGCAUCCUGGGUAGCUGCAGGAGAGCAUGUGAAAGAGGGAGAAUGCCCUCCUGAUAAGAAUCCAUGCAAAGAACUGUGCCAGAAUGAUGAAUCGUGUCCGACUGGGCAGAAGUGCUGCCUUACUGGUUGUGGUCGGGUCUGCCGAGGAGACAUUCCUAAGGGGAGGAAAGGAGAUUGUCCCAGGAUUGUUAGGAAACAAUCCUGUUUUAAAAGGUGUGUCACCGAUGAGACCUGUUUGGGUGUAAAGAAAUGCUGCACGUUUGGCUGCAACAAGAUCUGUGUAGUCCCAGUCUCUAAAAAGAAGCUGG